UUCAGUUUUAAUAUCUGUUCAUAAUGAAAUGACAAAACACAGAGUUGAUUUAAAUGAAGUAAUAAGGUUAGAAAUCCAUAACAGUUCUAUCGCUCAACCAAUUACUCCUCCGAGUAUUGAUUGUACGCACAUAGAAAUGUCGAAUCAUAAUACUAAGCGUAAAAAGAAAGGACGAAGCUAUGGUUUAUCUAAUAAACUAAGAUUAUCUUCGGCUAAGCGUAAAAAAGUCAACUAUUCAUGUAUUAAUAUGUAUAAAAAAGUAUUCUCGAUGUUCCCUGAGAGUGUUUUAACUCGUAAGAUACACCAAGAAAGUGACUCAGAGAUUCAAACACAGAACAAAGCUCAGGUGGAGAAUCUGAUUUUGACACGUUACAUGUUCCGACAAAAGCCAUUCGUCUCAAAAGGCAGAGAGUUUAACCAACUAAUAAGUGAUCUUCUCUACGAAAUAGCAGAUCAAGCAGCUUUAAUCAAAUUACCUUCCAAUUUCAUGGAUCUGUAUGGAAUCCAUCGAAAAUGGUAUCCGCUACUUUCAACUAUUUCAACCAAGAACAUAACACCAGAAGAGACAAACUUAAUCUUAACUGCCAAUGAGAUGAAAUUUAAUCAACCUGAAGCAAUAUUUUUGACUGAAUCAAUUCCAUUUCUGCGAGAUUUAUUGAAUCCAACGAUUAUGAUAAAUUUUUCAUUCGUCUCAUGAUUCUUCGAGGAAUCAAAGAAUCUAAAGUUGAUUAUCUUCUAAUGGCAAAUGAAGUUUUCAAAAAGUCUAACCUUAAAUUAGUGCAAGGGGCAAAUCAGACUGUCUAUAACUUUUCUAGUCUUAGAUCGAUGAUCAACGAGAUGAACGAAAAUAAUUUGGACAUGUUAUUGGACCAACAUCGACACGAAGAAAUUGUUGAACUAUUAGCAUCUAAAUCUGAGCUCUCCAGACAAGAAGAAGAGUAUCUUUGUCAAGCUAUUCAAUCGUCACAACAAUGGAAACGAGGGAUCGAAAUAAUUGCCCAAAGUAAAAAACUACCCGACACAUUGCUAAAUCUUUUAAAAUCUUGUCUAAAGAAUGGUGAUGGAACAUCUAUUGAUCAAGAAUUGGCUAUCAAAUUGUUGAAGUUGGGAACAGAAGAUUACAAUGCAAUGGCCUGGACUUGUAUUCUACAAACAUUUAUAAACGAGAUGAGACUUGGUAACACGAACGAAGAAAAAGUUGUCGAUUUGAUUAUUUCAGUUCAUAAUUAUCUAGGGAAUAAAGGAUGGUGUUGGGAUUUCAAUGGAGAGUUUUUAUCUCUAGCACUUGAUUUCUUGAUCUAUCAAGUAAAUAUCAAAAGAGAAAAGUUAAUUCUCAACUGUCUUGGUUGUUUUUACAAACAAUUACGAUGUAACUUUCUGACUGCUCAUAAAGGAACGGGGGUUAAUCUACAUUGGGACAAUAUUCAUUUUAUUUAUGAUCACUUUACUCCUAAAAAGUUGCCAAGUUUUGACGAAAGUUCUGACCCAAUUGAUUCAAAGACAGAGGAGCUGUUUCGAUCUUUACUUUCGAUGAUUCCUGACAAUUUAAAUCCUGAAAGAUAUUCUCAAUUUAUUUCUGAAUAUAUUGAUAAUGGAAAACCAAUUGAAGCUUCAUCAAAUAUUCCAAAACAUCGAGUUACUCAAAAUAUUUAUUAUUAUUUAGCUGAUUAUUACCUAAAACACAAAGACUUUAAGAAUGCGAUAAAAUUCUAUAUUCUUGAUUUAACUCUAAAUCUUGAUCGAUUCGAUUCAUGGGUUGGUUGUGCUCUUUCACUAGCAGAUGAGAUUGAACAAUAUUCUUCACCUGCAAAAUUGUCAAGUUUUCUACUCAUCUACUGAAGAAAUGUUGCUUUUGGGAGAAAAAGUAUUUCGAUGUUUCAAUGAAGCGAUUCGGAUUAAAGAUAAUAAAUCCAGGGUAUGGUAUAAGUAUGGAAAGUGCGCUCAUAACA